AUGCCCAGUCCGCUGAUGGGAGCGGAUGCUGCCUUCUCAUCCCAGGUCGCCCAUGCCAACUCGACGUUGAACAAGUUCAUGCCAGGCAGGCAAAAGGCAUGGAUGACAAGCACCACGCCUGCUCAGUCCAGCUCUGCUUGCAUGCCUCCACAGUCGCCUUCGCAGCCAUCCCCGAAGCGGCCUCGAGCUCAGGGACCACGAAAUGUCCGUGUACCUCACCCACAGGUUCAAGACAACGUCAGGGUGGCAGGGCCUCAGCAGCCGGCGGGGCAGAAGGAUGGGCCUCCGGCACAUGAGCUUGCAGAGACAGUCCUGAAUGUCCUCCCCUCGCCCGCUCCCAGCGACGAGCCAAGUCCACUUGGACCAAACACCAAGGAUAGCUCGAACCCGGCCUCUGUGCCACGGCCGGCUGGUCCACCAGAACGAAGAGAUACGGUGCCCGCCACGGCUGCCGCAGACGCCACAGCCUCAGAUGCCUUGCUGCUAGCCAGCCCGCACGCAAGGGCGCCAGCUGUGGAGGAUGCUGCCGCAGCGCCACUUUCCACCGGCCGGCAGGUUAACGUCGGACCUGAUGAUGGUCAAGCCGCCUCCUUCUGGCCGCCGCAGAAUAACCGGGCAGUUCCACCAAACGAACCGGGCGCCUUGCCUCCGAGCACAGGCAGGACAGAAGAAGGUCCGCGCAUGCAGGCGCGGACGAACUCGGCGGGAGACGGGGAGCCUCCGGGCAAGAGGAGGUGUAUUGGGCCUAAUGACAACAGCUUCGAUGUGGACCAACAUGCAUUCAUCCAGGUUAUCCAGUACCUCGAUAAGAUGCUCGUUGCACCGGGACCUGAGGUGUAUUUACCUAAAGACUGCGAGGAACCACGAAUCAAGCUCCUGAGGGAUGCCUGUAUCCACCGAGACAUCUUCUACGUCAAUCUACACUCGUUAAUUUGCAAGUGGGCCCUUGGCUCUGCUUCGCUCCCGCCCUGCCCUCCUCGAGACCACGACGAAAUCUUUAAUGGCUUCGUGUACCUCGGACUUCUCCUUAAGCAGGAGAGCGCUGAGCUUAGUGAAGGCACACUGAGGUGGGCGGCGCACUUUCCCCCCGACCAAUUAUACACUGUCAGUCCCCAGACCGUUGAGAAGGUGACAGCUUUCUUCGCAGGUUUUGUCCGUCAUUGGAUCACUCUCCUCGGGGAAGUCCGCCAGCGCGGCUACCCUUGCCUGGUGGACGAAUUGAUGGUCAGAAUCAAGUGUGAGUCCCGUGUCAUGCAGAAGCUCCUCUUCACGAUGUGCAGACGGAAACUCGACAUCAGAGACGGUGACCCUGCUCGGAAGGUUGAGGAUAUUUUCGCCGAAGAUCUGAGGAGUCACUGUGAUGAACGCGGCGUACUGCGUGCUCUGGACCUUCCCAACAUCGCUGGCGGUGUAGAUCUCGCGAGCCGGAACGCAAAGCUCAUCCAGAAAUACCGAGAUGCGAUGGCAGAGAUCCAAGCCGCGGAGCCACGUACUGUAGGGAAUCAGAGCCAGCAAGUGUGGCACCGGACGGUCAUGGGGCCGCAGAGGUCGCUGCUGGAGGAGGCUCAGCGACACCAGGCCGAGGUGGGGCAAUAUGUGCAGCAGCAGGCUCACCAGCAACCUGUCUCCCAACAGCAGCAACUACAGCAUCAAUUUCCGUACCAGCACCCAGAGCACCAACACCCGAAUCCUCAGCAACAGAACCCGCCGUCUCAGCACCAGAACUCGCAGCAACAGAACUUACAGCCUCAUCCGCAGCUGCGGCAGGCUCCAAUGAACCAGGACCAGCAGAUGCAACAGCCUGGAUGCAACAAAAUCAGCUGUACGAAGCUCAAAUACGCCCAGCUCAAAUACGCCCAGCUCAAAUACGCCCAGCUCAAAUACGCCAAGCUCAAAUACGCCCAGCUCAAAUGCAACAAGCUCAAAUGCAACAAGCUCAAAUGCAGAGAGCUCAGCAAGUUGUGCAGCAACAAACCAACAACGCCUGGCACUGAGCAACAACAGCUGCCCCCUUUACAGGCAGCGAAUGGCGGCGCGACCUUCGGCACCCAUCCUCAGCACAUGCCCCCUCCUGCACCACAGUGGUCGCCGGCUCAUUUGCAGAACGCGAUGUCGGGCCAAAAUAGAAGGACAACUUCGGAUCCACAAAAUGUACCAACUACGGUUUCAUACUCAGCGCGUCCAUCACCCUUUGAAGCAUAUUCUGACACAUCAAGUCCGUUCGUGUCCCAGAUGUCAUAUGGCUCGCCGACGGGUAGCGUGCCGACGGUGCCGUCGCAUUCCAGUCAAGGGCCUCAGCAUUCUUUCCUUCCAAGCAAUCUCCCAAAUGCUGGGCCUGCGCUGCAAGGACCUGCUAUGCAAGGGCCUAUGGUGCAAGCCGCGGCGAGUCCACAGCAAUCCCCUUUGGCCAUAUUCUCUCCCCAGCAGGGCCAGCUCAACGCUCCUCAGCAGGUGCAAGAUGGAAAUCAGCACCGCAUAUGGCAGUCCGUUCCUCAUUCUGCGCAAUAUCAAGCACAAUGGGCCGCGGGGCAGGGUCCAGUGAUGAUUCCGAGCCCUCGGACACCCGCCAUGCCAAACGUUGGCCCGAUGCGACAUGCCAAUGGCUUCGUUCCCGCUCUCGCUGGCAAUAUGCAGCAGCCAUACUUGCGCCCAUCGACACCGCAUAACGCUUCAGCGGUGGCCAUGAAUGGUGCACCCCGCCCAGUGUCACGUCUCGUUCCGCCUCGGGGCCAGGUCUUCGACCGACGCGAUUACCCCCAUACGUCUGAGUCAAGGAGGUCGGUUCUCAUGUCACUUCACCAAGCCCAGGCGCGGAGCCCCGACCGGACGAGAUGUAUCGCACAGCCGGACGAAAGAUACUAUCAAUACGUUGAAUCCUUUGCACUAGCUCCAUUCCGUCUAACAUAUCAUCACGAGUUGCAGCUUGAGAUUAGCCCGGAACAAGCGUCACGAGCCUGCAGGCAGAAAGCAGCACCGGGCUGUGGCGGACACCAAAUGCUGAUGAAUGUCUGCGAAUACUCGGACGGCUCGUUGCGCUUCCGCGCUCGUUGCUGCAGACUGCAGUCGGACGGACCAGUCCAGGAGUCAGACUGGGUCCUCAAGGAGGCCCUGUGGCCUGAGCAUAUUUUCCUCGAGUUCAAUGGCCAUCAGCUUCCCAUCAGGAGGAGCACUCACAACGGCAAAGACUUGGCCGUGGAGCUGACGAACUACGUGCUGCCUGGCAAGAAUAGCUUGAAAGCGACGGUACCGCACGCAGGUCCCAGUGCCGCUGACAAGAGGGGUAAUAACUUUUAUCUGGCGGUGGAAAUCAUUGAGACUGUCAGCCAUUCGCGGGUACUGAAGCAAAUAGAAGACACCCACAGGCCAGAUCUCCAGAAGACUCUGGAGAAAAUCCGGUCCAGGGUUACGGCUGCACCGGACAAGGAUGGCAUCGCGGUGAUUGACCGAACUGGAGACAACGCACGUGAGCUGUCCAUUGACCUGACAGAUCCGUUCAGUUCCACCAUCUUCCACAUCCCAGCCCGCAGCGUUGCGUGCACCCACAUGGAGUGCUUUGAUCUCGAGACAUGGCUGAACACGCGACCCGCGAAACAGCGGAUCAAGUGCAGCCACCAGGGCGGCUGCACAUGCCCCAAGCGCUUGGAACCUUCGGAGCCUGAUAAGUGGAAGUGUCCUAUAUGUUUCCUAGAUGCGAGACCAGGAAGCCUGUACAUUGACAGCUUCCUGGACAAGGUACGCCAACAGCUGGAGGAACAGAAAAAGCUGGACACCAAGUCUAUCUUGGUUGCGGCAGAUGGAAGCUGGCGCCCGGCAGACAAGCCUAAAGACGACGAUAGUGGCGACAGUCCUGCUGGAAGACCACGAAGCAUGUCCAUGGGUACUGCAGAGCCUACGCAGACUGUGCUCACUGAACGAGGCCCCGUGGAGAUUAUCGAGAUUGACUAGUGGAAUGCUUUUACGGGCGUGGCCAGGAAAAGGAAGAAGAGGGGGGGGGGGGUCAGAGAAGUAUCUGAGACUGCUUUUUAGAUCUGGCUCGGGCUACGUGACCCAGAAGGGAUAUUCAGGGACGGGCGAAGGAAUUGCAAAGGGACUCUCUUCGUGACUGAUUUGCCGGUCACUGCUUUCAAACGUGGAGUUCGCGGGUCAAAUAGCGCUGGCUCUUGUUUUCUUUUUUCGGGGCUUAUUCUUCUCUGGCUUCUUUCUCUUUUACCUUUCUUGGUCUCCCCAUCCGUUAAUCUUUUUAUUUUUUUCUUUCUUGGAAAAACAAGUUGUCUUUACAGAUCGAUGCAGGCAGUACGGGAGAACAAGACAUGGACAGAGAUAGUAGGAAGG